CGACGCGGCGCGAGCUCCGGGGCGAUCUGGGCCGCGCGGACUGGCGCCUGGGCGCGCCGCGGAACCCGCGAGGUCCCCGCCUGGCUGCGGGAUGGCGGCCAGCCUGUGGAUGGGAGACCUGGAACCCUACAUGGAUGAGAACUUCAUCUCCAGAGCCUUUGCCACAAUGGGGGAGACCGUGAUGAGCGUGAAGAUUAUCCGAAACCGCCUCACUGGGAUCCCAGCUGGCUACUGUUUUGUAGAAUUCGCAGAUUUGGCCACAGCUGAGAAGUGUUUGCAUAAAAUUAAUGGGAAACCCCUUCCAGGAGCCACACCUGCAAAACGGUUUAAACUGAACUAUGCCACUUAUGGGAAACAACCAGAUAACAGCCCCGAGUAUUCCCUUUUUGUGGGGGACCUGACCCCAGAUGUGGAUGAUGGAAUGCUGUAUGAAUUCUUCGUCAAAGUCUACCCCUCCUGUCGGGGAGGCAAGGUGGUUUUGGACCAGACUGGCGUGUCUAAGGGUUAUGGUUUUGUGAAAUUCACAGAUGAAUUGGAACAGAAGCGAGCCCUGACGGAGUGCCAGGGAGCAGUAGGACUGGGGUCUAAACCUGUGCGGCUGAGUGUGGCCAUCCCAAAAGCGAGCCGUGUAAAGCCAGUGGAGUAUAGUCAGAUGUACAGUUACAGCUACAACCAGUAUUACCAGCAGUACCAGAACUACUAUGCCCAGUGGGGCUAUGACCAGAACACAGGCAGUUACAGCUACAGCUACCCCCAGUACGGCUAUACCCAGAGCACCAUGCAGGUAAUUGUACUUUGGCACCUCUGGCCUUCUAGGCCCGGGCUGCUGUCAGCUUUUGAGAGUUGCACAUUCAAGUCCCCGGUUCAGCAGUCUUGUGACAGGAUGGACGCGUGGCGAGGAGGGCGGGGCCGGGCUGGACCCCGUCUGCCGGCCAUGGAGACCCGGGACUGCGGCUACCAGUUCCGGAUCGCGCUGCUGGGGGACGCGGCGGUGGGCAAGACGUCGCUGCUGCGGCGCUAUGUGCGGCCCCCGGAGCCCCAGGCCGCGGCGGAGCCCGAGCCCACGGUGGGCGUCGAGUUCUACAGCCGGGUGCUGCAGCUGCCCGCGGGGCCGCGCAUCAAGCUGCAGCUGUGGGACACCGCGGGCCACGAGCGCUUCAGGUGCAUCACUAGGUCCUUUUACCGCAGCCUGGUGGGUGUCCUGCUGGUCUUUGAUGUGACAAACAGAGAAUCCUUUGAACACAUCCAAUAUUGGCACCAGGAGGUCCUUUCCACUCAGGGCCCUGACAAAGCGAUCUUCCUGCUGAUUGGCCACAAGAGUGACCUGCAGAGUACCCGCUGUGUCUCCACCCAGGAGGCUGAGGACCUGGCUGCCUCUCUGGGCAUGACCUUCCUGGAGACCUCAGCCACAAACAACUGCAAUGUGGAGCUGGCCUUUGAUGUCCUCACCACUGCCAUCCAGCAAGCCCUGCAGCAGGGACACAUCAGGCUAGAAGAGAACUGGGGGGGUCCUGUCUUCCCAGAUCCCAUGCCACAACUGGACGUGACAGAGGCCAACAAAGAAUUCAUGGAGCAGAGCGAGGAGCUGUAUGAUGCACUUAUGGACUGUCACUGGCAGCCCUUGGACACUGUGUCCUCAGAGAUCCCUGCUCUGUUGUAGCUGGGACAGAGGACAAAGGAGGAUGGACUAUUAGCAAUUGGACACAUUUUUAAACUGUCCACUUUUACUUUUGGAAAUGAUUUGUAAGAUUUAAAUAAACUAUUU